GGCAUAGCAAAACAGAGAAAAGCCAGCAUUGCACAAAUCACAUUUGCUUGAGCUUCAGUCAAAAAUGGCAGCGGCAGCUUCUACUUCAAUGGCGGCCACCACUCCUGUCUUGCUCCACCGCCUCCCUGCCGUCAGGCCAGCGGCCGUCUUCUGCCCCUUGCCCCAACGUCCAACCCUUUCAGCCACUCCCUUCAAGAUACUCAAAGAGUGUAGGAGGUCUUCCCAGCUCCUUGUGAGAGCCUCUUCGUCGGAGGAGAGCUCUCUUGAUACCAAUGAAUUGUUCAAUGACCUCAAAGAAAAGUGGGAUGCUGUUGAAAACAAAACCACUGUGAUUAUUUAUGGUGGUGGCUCCAUUGUUGCAAUUUGGUUUGCUUCCACAUUUGUUGGUGCAAUAAACUCGAUUCCAUUGCUCCCCAAGAUCUUGGAGUUGGUCGGGCUUGCAUACACAGCGUGGUUUGUGUACCGUUACCUGCUCUUCAAGUCAAGUAGAAAGGAACUGGUAACAGACAUAGAAGCAUUGAAAAGCAAGAUUGCUGGAACUGAGUAAAUGCUUGCGAGCCUUUGCCACAUUCAUCUCAGCCUCAGAUCAGUGAAACAACUUAAUAUAUAUGAACACAUAUGCUUGUGUGAGAGAGAUCCGAUGUUGUAAUUUAGAGUAGGAUAUAUGUAUGCAUUUUUUGUUUCAUCUUAUUUCAAUUAAUACAUUCCUUGUUUCACUAGCUCAA